AUGCCCAUACCUGAAGAAUGGAACCUGAGCGGCAAGUCCGCAAUCAUCACUGCCGACCGGCGCGGCUGGACGCCCUUCCUCGCGUCUGCGCUCGCUGAGGCAGGCGCGGAUGUCGCAAUCGCAGGCUCAGUGCGCUCGGACGCGGCGGACGCCGCCAAAGCCGUUGAGGAGCAGGGACGCCGCGCGCUCAACAUCACCACCGAUAUUAUGAAUGCCGACGAUGUAGAGGCGAUGACACAGCGCGUCGUGGACGAGUUCGGCAAGGUGGACAUUCUGGUCAACAACGCGAGUGCAGAGUUCGGCAAGCCCUUCGAGGAUGUGCUCGAAUCCGAGUGGCAGACGCUGAUGGACUUCAAUGUGAAGUCCAUGUACCUGUGCAGUCAGGCUGUCGGCAGGCGGAUGCUGGCGCAGGAAAGCGGGCACAUCGUGAACAUCGGCUCCGGCCUUGCGGUGCGCGGGCUGUGGAACUCCGUGGCUGCAUGCGCCGCUGCAGGCGCGGUUCAUCAGAUUACAAUGGCGCUCGCGCUGGAAUGGUCGCGGCGCGGCAUCCGCGUCAACGGCAUCGGCGCAGGCUGGAUUACGACCGAAGAGCCGACCGAAGAGUCGCAGCGCGAACUUCUCGUACGCUACCUGCCAGCUCGCCGCAAGGGACAUCCGACCGACCUGUGCGGACUUGCUCGUCUAUCUGGCAUCGGACUCCUGCGACUUCGUAACAGGGCAGACAAUCUUCAUAGACGGCGGCGCUCUGGCGCACGCAUAGUGUCCAAUUGGAACUCGACAUUCGCGUCCAGCCCCGCGCAGGCCGCAACGCAGUGGAGAUUGACGGCGAGCGCAUACGGUGCGCGUCACUGCGGCGCCGGAAUCAGGCAAGGCAAACGAUGCGGUGUGGCGCUGCUGGCGAAGCGGCUUGGCGUUCCCAAGCGCAGCGUGCAAAUCGUGCGCGGUCACAAGUCGCGUGACAAGCGCAUCAGUAUUGACGGAAUAUCGUCUAAAGAGUCACUUAGCAUUAUACAAUGCCAAGGUCAGCAGAUUGACGCCGGCGAAGUGUGGCGCGCAAUUGGGCGGCUGGAAGGCAGGAUGGAUGGCCUCGAAAAUGCGGUCAAUCACCUGUCGGAGCGCGUUGACCGCCUGUUCUACCUGAUUCUCGGCAUCGGCAUCGCAACGAUUGCAUCCGUUUGGGCUAGCAACCUGUUCGGCGGCUGA